AUUGGACAAAAUAAGGUAAAGACGGAGGAUUCUUGAAAGAUUGGACCGCUACGCUACUCUGUAUCGGAGGCAGAGAUUUGGGCCGAUGAUGGAUGCAUAAAUCAAUCAUUCAAACCUAAAUAAAAGCAUCCUCAAACCCCAACAACAAACCCUUUUCAAAUAUCAAAUUCUGCUACCAAGUUUGAGGAUUUUAACUUCAGUUAUUACUCCCUAUAACAUGAGGUGACUUGGAGAUGGCAGAAUUACCAGGAUAUCUACGUUCCUGUUUGAACACAGGGAAACUUGCAUUUUUGGCAAUUUUAGUCUCUGGAGGAAUUGUCUUGCAGAUUUUGGCAUGUGCCCUGUAUAAUAAUUGGUGGCCGAUGCUAAGUGCUAUAACUUAUGUGCUUCUUCCAAUGCCUUUGUUGUUCUUUGCGGGGUCUGAUGGCGAUUCUAUAUUUUCAGAAUCUGAUAACAGCUGGGUGAAUUUUACCAAGUUCUUGACCGGAUCCUCGCUUGUCGGAGGCAUUGCCAUUCCGAGCAUAUUAAUCCAUGCUGGGGUUAUCGGUUGGGGAGCCUUUGCAAUGGAACUUUCUUCCUUCUUUGUGUUUAUAUUAGCUGUACUGUGUUUCCUGGGGAUGAGCGGUGAAGAUGAUUACUACAGUAUGAUAUGAGAUGGGAGUUCAGAAGGGCUUGCUUGAUCUUUGUAAAAAUGCAUUUGUUAAUAUUCAUUUCUUUGCUUUGGUGAGCUUCACCUCAACAUUUUUUCUCAUUCGAAAUAUUGAAAUCCAUUAAGCCUCUAUUAUUGCGUUUAGCAAUGAUUUCUAGACUCCUAAUCGUAGAGGAGACUCCAAAUCUUGUAAAGGCAUACCAACAAUUAAAUCAAUAUUUGGAAUUAUGCUUGCGAAAA